GCUAAUUUUAAAAAUUAAAACAUCACCCGCCAAAUUCUCCACCCUGCUUUCAGAUCCAAACAAAACAAAACUUAGUACUUUUAUUUCCACUUUCUCUUCUCCCAAACACCCAGAAUAGGUAUUUAAACUUCAUUUUUCAGUUUCACAGAAACCCAUUUUUUACUGUUUCUUUGUUCUCUGUUCGCGUAGUUCUUAAAUCAUAAUCAUUUGCUUAUUAUUAUUAUUAUUAUUAUAAAAUAAUUAUGCAACGUGUUCGGAGAAAUGUCUCAAAGAAAGUUGGGUUUUGAAGGUGAAAUAUAUAAUUGAAAGAUGCACGGAAGAAAGGCGUACGAGCUGGUGAAAGAGUUUGCCGAUGGUGAAAAAGGGCAUCUCAAGAUUUUCAAUAAUGAGCUGUUUGAACGAGUGAUUGAAGAGUGCAAUGAACAUCAUAAUGCACUUCAGUCAUUGAUAAGGAAAAUGCAAGAGGAGGGACUGGAAGUCCAAACGGCUAGAAAUGCAGAACACUAUGGAGCACUCAUUCACCACCUCUCUCUAAUUCGCAACAAGCGUUGCCUAAUGGCAUAUGUGUACAACCGAGCAGAAAUUAUAAGAGAGUUGGCAUGGAAAGUAGGGUUGCUUCAUGAACUUCCAGGUGAAAUUCAGGAAAAGUUCAGUGACUCAGAAGAACAGUAUUUCAAAGAUCAUUCUAAGUCUUUGAAAUCAUACAUGUCACAACUGAGCCUUGAUGUGAAUGUGGAUAUGGUGCCUCCAAAAGAUCCCUACAUCAAGGUAAGGGUGCUUGAAGAUUUGGGUAGUGGAAUAAUUCUCAGUGAUAAAUCUGCCAAUUUUGCUCGUCACUCAAUGCACUUUCUCAAACGAACUGAUGCCGAGCAAUACAUUGCACGGGGCUUAAUGGAGGAGCUGACAGGCUGAACCUGAAAGAGGUAUAUCUGUGAUGCAUUCUCCCUCUUCUUAGGAUAAAGAUGUGUCAUACUAAUAUUAAUUCAGCAGCCACUACAGCACCCUAAUACCAGACCUGUUUCUUCAUUCUUUGUAUGUGCACUCUAGCUCUUGGCAAGACUGAUGUACCUUGAACAAGAAGAAAGAGAAGAAAGUUUUAGGUUAUAUUGUAUCUAGAUUAUUUUCUGGUAAUUGGUUUAAAUAGUAACUAGAGAGGAUCAAUGUAAGGGAUUUGGAAGGCUGCAUAACAUCCAAGACAAAGCGAUAGGACUGAGUUAUCUGAUAUUUAUUGCUCGACUCAAAUAGCUUAUUAAGUUUUUUAAUUAAUAUUACUUUCACCAUUCUCUUUCCCGGGUUA